GCGAAGAGGUGCAACCGCCACGCUUAUCCUCAACCAGAAUGGGGGCCAGGAAGAAGAGGCGCAGCCGCCACGCUUGUCCUCAACCAGAAUAGGGGCCAGGGGGUGCAGUCGCCACGCUUAUCCCGGUGCCAGGCGAAGAGGUGCAGCCGCCGCGCUUAUCCUCAACCAGAAUGGGGGCCAGGGGGGAAGAGGCGCAGCCGCCACGCUUAUCCUCAACCAGAAUAGGGGCCAGGGGGCGAAGAGGUGCAGCCGCCACGCUUAUCCUCAACCAGAAUGGGGGCCAGGGGGAAGAGGCGCAGCCGCCACGCUUAUCCUCAACCAGAAUAGGGGCCAGGGGGCGAAAGGUGCAGCCGCCACGCUUAUCCUCAACCAGAAUGGGGGCCAGGGGGAAGAGGCGCAGCCGCCACGCUUAUCCUCAACCAGAAUAGGGGCCAGGGGGUACAGCCGCCACGCUUAUCCGGUGCCAGGCGAAGAGGUGCAGCCGCCACGCUUAUCCUCAACCAGAAUGGGGGCAGGGGGAAGAGGCGCAGCCGCCACGCUUAUCCUCAACCAGAAUAGGGGCCAGGGGGUACAGCCGCCACGCUUAUCCGGUGCCAGGCGAAGAGGUGCAGCCGCCACGCUUAUCCUCAACCAGAAUGGGGGCCAGGGGGGAAGAGGCGCAGCCGCCACGCUUAUCCUCAACCAGAAUAGGGGCCAGGGGGCACAGCCGCCACGCUUAUUCGGUGCCAGGAGAAGAAGUGCAGCCGCCACGCUUAUCCUCAACCAGAAUGGGGGCCAGGGGGACGAGGCGCAGCGAAGAGGUGCAGCCGCCACGCUUAUCCUCAACCAGAAUGGGGGCCAGGGGGAAGAGGCGCAGCCGCGAAGAGGUGCAGCCGCCACGCUUAUCCUCAACCAGAAUGGGGGCCAGGGGGACGAGGCGCAGCCGCGAAGAGGUGCAGCCGCCACGCUUAUCCUCAACCAGAAUGGGGGCCAGGGGGAAGAGGCGCACCAGAGGGGCCAGGGGGAAGAGGCGCAGCCGCGAAGAGGUGCAGCCGCCACGCUUAUCCUCAACCAGAAUGGGGGCCAGGGGGAAGAGGCGCAGCCGCGGAAAGGUGCAGCCGCCAGGCUUAUCCUCAACCAGAAUGGGGGCCAGGGGGACGAGGCGCAGCCGCGAAGAGGUGCAGCCGCCACGCUUAUCCUCAACCAGAAUGGGGGCGAAGAGGUGCAGCCGCCACGCUUAUCCUCAACCAGAAUGGGGGCCAAGGGGAAGAGGCGAAGAGGUGCAGCCGCCACGCUUAUCCUCAACCAGAAUUGCGAAGAGGUGCAGCCGCCACGCUUAUCCUCAACCAGAAUGGGUGCCAGGGGGAAGAGGCGAAGAGGUGCAGCCGCCACGCGUAUCCUCAACCAGAAUGGGGGACAGGGGGAAGAGGCGCAGCCGCGAAGAGGUGCAGCCGCCACGCUUAUCCUCAACCAGAAUGGGGGCCAGGGGGAAGAGGCGCAGCCGCGAAGAGGUGCAGCCGCCACGCUUAUCCUCAACCAGAAUGGGGGCCAGGGGGAAGAGGCGCAGCCGCGAAGAGGUGCAGCCGCCACGCUUAUCCUCCACCAGAAUGGGGGCGAAGAGGUGCAGCCGCCACGACGAGGCCGGGAGGGCUUAUCCUCAACCAAUAUGGGUUUCCGAGGUGUGGAAGCUCGAGCUGAAGAAGACGGAGGCAAGGACGAGGUGUGGAAGCUCAAGCUGAAGAAGACGGAGGUGUGGAAGCUCAAGCCGAAGAAGACAGAGGUGUGGAAGCUCAAGCUGAAGAAGACGGAGGCAAGGACGAGGUGCUCGAAGCCAGAAAGCGCGGCAGUAGAAGGGGGUGAAGGCGAGGACGUGCGCAUCCUCAACCCGAAGAGAGACGGAGACGGGGACGAGGCCGGAGAGCUUGCGUGCAGAAGCGGCAAUUUGGUCAGACAGCUCAAGCAGUGGCGCCGAAACGGAUCGCCGACAUACGAAGCGGCGUUUGGAAUGGGGUCGCUGUGUGUGCUAUCUACCAGCGAACAGUAUGGCUUGCGCGCAAAGGCUGGACAGCCUCCGAAGUUCAAGCCAUCAUGGAGCUGGCUGCACAAGAAGUCACCCCGCCUGAAGCAUUUCUUGCUGGGUCGGCCAAUCCUGCGGGCGAACCCAUCCAUGAGCAGUAGCAGCCGCCAAUAUGUAAAAGCUGCAUCAAGCCCACGCAGUGGUAUCGGAAGCUGGCGUCUUCUCUCUGCUUAUGUGGGAUGCCGCAAAGCUGCACAGCGCAUUGCUGCUGCGACAAAGAAGGAUGCACGAGGUUCAUUUUGGCAAGGGAAGAAGGCAAUGCUGAGGGUCUACCGCCGAAGAUGGUGGCUAGCUCGGAGGAGACUGAAGCGAAGGUAUUCUGCGCUGAUGGUGAGGACGGAGAAGCCUUUUCUGAGCUACAAAGCCGCGAAGUGGGCAAUUGAGGAGAACAUUCUACAAGCUGGCUUUCGAGUUCAGAUUUCACGGCAGAACCACCCGCAGUGGAAAUUCUUGACUGAAACCGGCAGCCUCCUAUUCUUCCAAAGCUUGAAUGAAAGCUUGGGUCUCGCACAGAAACAAUUGGCGACUGCGACGUGCUCCGUCAACAAUGCACUGGGCAGACAAGCAUGUGACAUCACUCUGCAGGGAGCCCAAGACCUGUUGAAGGCACGUGGUUAUGAGCAUGAUUGGUGCACAUUUUUGAGACAGGGCGGCAGGAUACUGUCUCCUUUGGUCGUGGACUGCGCCCUGGAAAAGAGCGGCUUCAAGUUGCAGCAUUGUCAAAACCUGGAGGUCUGGCCAGCUGGAGCACAGAGUAUUCUACAGAUUCGCGGUGACCGGAACUCUUGCCAUGAGCGCUGGGUCGCUCUCAUAUCUUGUCAUAGCCGAAUCUAUUUGUUGGAUUGCUUCCAAGACGAGCCUGAGCCCACCGUCAAUUGUCAGCUAGGCGUGCAACCUUGCGACACAUACGCAGUAAUCCGGCUUUGA